AUGGAAGAAGUUAAACAGCCAUGGGGCUAUUCGUGGCGGUCAUCGCGGAUCUUGAUUGUCUCGUCAAUUACAGUGGCAUUGUUCGCAGAGACAUUUUUGUUUGGGUUUCUCACACCUAUCUUGAGUUAUAUGCUUGAGGAACGACUGCAUAUAGAUCCAUCGCAGACUCAAAGAUAUACAACUGCAUUGCUCACGAGUCAUGGAUUUGUUGGUCUCGUCUCAGCUCCGGUCAUUGCCUACCUGGCCGAAAAGACUGCAAGUCAGAAAACGCCAUUGCUGUUCUCUUUAGCAGGAUGCCUUGUUGGAACUUUGAUGAUUGCAUUUUCUACUUCAGUGUGGGCUCUCUUCACUGGUCGCGUCCUACAAGGCGCGGCAGGCGCCGGCACUUGGGUAGUCGGUUUUGCUCUCCUGGCCAAUAAUGUGGACAAGAAAAACCUUGGAGCAUCGAUGGGAAUGGCAAUGUCAUUUGUGACCGCAGGAAUGGUCGGUGGUCCAACAGUGAGUGGUGCGUUGCUCGAAAUGUUUGGAUACUGGACCGCGUGGUCACUUCCCUUGCUUGUUCUGGCGCUGGACAUUAUCGCACGGUUGGUUAUGAUUGAACCUCGAUCUGGAAUCACCACUUCAAUCUCAGACAAUGGUGUUAAAGCUUCCGGCUGCUCAACUUGUAACGAUGAUGCGUCACCCGAGGAAUCAACGGCACUACUCUCUGACGCUCAACCCACCGCCCAGCAAAGCGAUUAUGGGGUGGAGGACAAAGGCGAUCAAAAGAAAAAAUACUAUAAGGCUAUGCUUUGUCAAGCCCGAGUUUUGAUAUCCUUGGCAAACGUCGUGGUUGUCGCAUCGUUGAUGUCUGGUAUCAACAACACCCUGCCUGUCCAUCUGCGAGAUGUUUUCGGGUGGAAGAGUUUCCUUAUCAGCAUGAUGUUUUUCUGUCUGCAAGUUCCCAACAUUGUGCUCGGCGGCCCGGCUGGGUGGCUGCGUGAUCGACUCGGACUCCGAGGCCCGACUACAUUCGGCUGGGCUGCGAGUGUUCCUUUGAUCCUGUUGAUGGGUGCGCCAGGUGAUUCUCGCUUCCAAUGGGCAGGCGGUGAUGCAGCUGGGAAGUCGAUCUUCUCUGGCAGUCUGCUUGCUUUGGGUAGUGUCCUCCCAUUGGUCCGCGGUGUUGGAGCUGUACAGCUGGCCUAUGUGGUUAAAGAUAUGGAAGCCAAGGACCCGCGUGUUUUCGAGUCUAACAGAAGCAAUUUGCGAGUAUUUUCCAUGACUGAAGUUAGCUUCAGUUUCGGAAUGAUGAUCGGUCCUUUGUUGACUGGAUCGUUGUUUGAAACAGUAGGCUUUUUCUACAUGACUGUGGUACUAGCUUUUAUUUGCUUCAUUCAGGCUGUGCUGUCGUGGCGCUGGCUGGACACCAAGCUCCCGAGAUCAGAGGAGACCUCUUCUGCUUAG